GUGCCGGGCUCUCGGUGUUAAAACUCGGUGCCGUCGGAACCGACUACUACAAAAUCGGGCUUGUCUGCUGCACCAUUCAUGGCAGAAUCGAUGAUUAGUCGCACUAUUUCCUCUGCGUUUUCCUUCGCUUCUGACCGCCAGAUACUCCCCAAUGAGGUGCUUACGAAUAUUCUUUCAGAACUGGAACCCUGGGAUGCUUGGCCCCUGCGUCUUGUGUGCAAGAACUUCGACUCGUAUCUUCUCCGAGUGCUCGCCCCUCGUGUCUAUCUACCGCAAACACGGAUUUACAUUCGCAGAGCAGAAAGUUGGGUAUUCUAUAUCCCUAAUCCGGAUUAUUACACGCCCCCACCAAGUACCGCCGAUCUCCCUGUGAACCCUACUCCAGUCCAGCCAGAUCACCAUCGAGGCCAAAAAUUCACCUUUCUGAACUUGCAUUCUCGAUCUGCAUUUUCAAGAGUGCCCGAAAUUGCGCAUUAUGUUCCAGCACGAGACGAAGAGCAUGAUCUUAUCCUGGAGAAGUUAGAGAUGGAGGUUCAAGUCAUCGUCCUCAUUAAAUGCCGAUACUACCGACAAGUCCGCCUCCCCUCGCUUGCCGUCAAUAGAAAUACUCUUACGUUGUCCUUCGACUGGAAAGAAAUGUUCUGCACCACGCUCCCUUUGCCCGAACGCAUUAGGCGAAUGCAAGAGAUGCGACCUCGUGUAGUAUGGAUACCGGAACCGGAGGAAUAUCUUGAAGACAACUUUGUUAAGCGCGUAUGGAUGGGUACCUCAAAGGACAGUGGAUCUGAUAUGGUGGAGGAUUCCGACAUGGAUGAUGAUGUCCAUUCUCUGGAUAGCUCAUCCUCAUCCUCGGAAUCGGAAGAAGGAUUUGACUUGGGAGCCGUAACACCCACACCUGGAUCGCUUUUAUUCGCGCAAAUGUAUGGGCAUACGGGAGUGUCAGAAAGUGAGGACGACGAUUUAGAGCCCCGUCACAGCAGUGAAGAACCAAUGUAUCCGGCAGAUACACGGCCAUCACGACCCAGAAGAGCAGGAUCCUUCCGGAGGGAUGACUAUCCAAGUUUACUGGGCUUGGUGGCUGGUGGUGAUGAUAGAGAACCGGACGCUUCUGACGGGGAACCAUCAAAAUCAUCAGUGAUCAGGUGUGAAACGACCCCGCAAGCAUCUAAAGCUACCGUAGCGCCAAGGGCUGGGGAUGGAGGGGCAACUGAGACAUCCUUUGAUGGAGACAUAGAUCACGAAGCAGAGGUUUUGUCGCAUGAAGCCGAAUCCAUGCGGCCGCCGUUGGUCGGCAGGGGUGGAAGCCCUAGAACACAGGGCGAUCAUUCACCAUCUGAAGACGCUGGAGGCAAGAUUGUACUUGAGGAUCGCCCCCUGUCUUCCCACUUGAAGCAGUCGCCAAAUGUUGGAGUGGAGGAAGGUUUAACUGCUCUCAGAAAAUCAUUGAGUGCGUAUGCCGGAAUGCAUGCAGAAGCACUCCCGGCUGGCAGAGAUGAGGAAACGUCUGACAGACACAAUCGUGUGGAGCCCGAAUCAUUCUUGGAUCUCCACGAUUCAUCAUCAGCCAACCAAGGCUCGUCGCCCCCACUCACGCGUGAAUCGCGACGAAGCCCAGAAUAUCAUGAAAGAGGAAUACAAGCAGGAGAAAAGCGAACAUACCAAGAAAAAGGUGUCCAAAUCCAUCCUGUUCAGUUCGUAGUAUCCAGCGCGACAACUUUUUUCCGCGCCAUUAGGAGGAGAUUGUCGUGGCCAUGAUUGACGACGUGCUGGAAGUUCUCAGAGGAGCUAGAGCUGGG